AUGUCCCCAAAUGUCCCCCAUGACCGUCCCGGUGUCCCCAGGCACAACGACAACAAGACGUUCCUGGUGUGGGUGAACGAGGAGGAUCACCUGCGCGUCAUCUCCAUGGAGAAGGGAGGGAACAUGAAGGAGGUGUUCAGACGCUUCUGCGUGGGGCUGAAAAAGAUCGAGGAGAUCUUCAAGAAGGCGGGGCACCCCUUCAUGUGGACGGAGCACCUGGGCUACAUCCUCACCUGUCCGUCCAACCUGGGCACGGGGCUGCGCGGGGGUGUCCACGUGCGGCUGCAGCACCUCAGCCAGCACCCCAAAUUCGAGGAGAUCCUCAAGCGCCUGCGCCUGCAGAAACGGGGAACCGGUGAGAGACGGGGGACCCCAAAAAUGGG